AUUAAUUAGAUAACUAAUUAACUUUUGUCAAUAAAAAGAAUUAAAUCAUAAUUCAUGGGCAAAUCUUGUUAAAAAGUUAAUUAUCUAACACAAUAAAAAUAACAAAAUGAAGAUUAUAGCUCUUUCAUUUGUUUUCCUAGCCUUAUCCUUCACCCUAUGUAUAGCUAAGGAUGAAAAAAAUGAAACCCAAGGGAACAAUAACAAAAGCGGACCUUUCGACAUCCAAGAAGUUUGCAAAGCUAGCAACGACGCCGUAAAAUGCGCGUCGAUUCUCAAGUCGCUCGGUGGUAACAAUGAGAAGGUAAAAUCGAGCAAAUUUUCAGACAAAGUGGUUAAGCACGCGCAAAGCGAAUUUGGACACACAUCAAUAAAGGCAAGGAAAGAAAUGAGAGAAGAUGGGGCCAAAAGUGAUGUGAAAAGAGCUCUAUCUCAUUGUGUGAAGUUGUACUUGGACAUGAACAAUGAGCUUAGGGGUCUUUAUUGUACAGGACUUAAGUCUAGCAAUUAUGGUUCAACUGCUGAAAAGUUUAGUAGCAUGGCUAAAUUUUACCCAAGGUCAUGUGAACAUGGGUUAGUUAAGGCAGGUACAAAUGGUAAUAAACUUGGGUUAUAUGAAAAAUAUAAGGAUCUUGAAGAUCUUGGUAGCAUUGUGGUGGCUGUUACUCAUUAUGUUUCAGCUCACUCUAUGCAAAAGCCACCAUUUCAGAAAAACUAAGCGGAUUAAUGAUUACUGUCUACAUCUUUCUGAAUGUGCACUAUAUAACUUAAAAAAAACUCUCAAAUUUAUGAGAUAUAUAGUGAUUUCUCAUUGGGACAGAGAAAUUAUACUGUAAGAGGUCAUUAAUCAUUAUUAUGCAUAAAAUUUAAUUUAUGUUUUUAGUGUGUAAUUACAGCUUCUUUUUGUUACUAAAUUAUACACAAUAUUAUUAUUAUUAUACUUCUAUGUAGU